AUGUCGAAGAGGUGGCGUUGGCCGGACAAUAGGGAGAGGCACGCCGAGGAAGAAGAGAGGAAGGGGGAGAGGCCGUCGAGGAAGAAGAGAGGUAGAGGGAGUGGCCACAGAGGAAGAGAAGAGAGAGAGGCCAGAGAGGAAGGGGAGAGGAAGAGGGAGAAGCCACAGACGAUGAGGGGAGAGGAAGAGGGAGAGGCCACAGAGGAAGAGGGGAGAGGAAGAGGGAGAGGCCACAGAGGAAGAGGGGAGGCCACAGAGGUAGGGGAGAGGAAGAGGGAGAAGCCACAGACGAUGAGGGGAGAGGGAGAGGCCACAGAGGAAGAGGGGAGAGGAAGAGGGAGAGGCCACAGAGGAAGAGGGGAGGCCACAGAGGUAGGGGUGAGGAAGAGGGAAGGCCACAGAGGUAGCGGAGAGGAAGAGGGAGAAGCCACAGAGGAAGGGAGAAGAAGAGGGAGAAGCCGCAGAUGA